AUGGAUUCCGACAACGAUGGAACAUCAACUGAGUCUGUCUGCUCUUCUAUCGGUACAGUUGAUAGCUCGUUGGAACUGACCGAUAGCUCACUCCUCUCUGACAAGGAAAGCAAACUGUUUCCAUGGCCCUCAGUGGAUACUACCACUAUAGUUGAGGUCGAUUUUGGUUCGCUUUCGAGUAGUUAUGGUCCUCCACUUUUUAUUUGUUUUUACAAAGACGUUUGUGGAAAUAACGUUUCACGAAUUGGAGAUUUCUAUGAUGUUCCUCUCAAAGAAGCUGUUAAAGCAUUAAAUGCUCAACCCAAUUAUGUACAAACCUAUUCUCAGACUGAUACUCUUUCGUUGUAA